CGCCUGUCAACAUGGCUGUCGCAUCAGCUGCCGCUGUAAACAGGCACAACGCAGCGGGCAAGAUGGAAAGUGUUGGGCGACAAAGCAGGACUGGCCCUGGGGGUGCAGUGAAGGUCCUAGAAUGUGGAGUGUGUGAAGAUGUCUUCUCACUUCAAGGAGACAAAGUUCCACGUCUGCUAUUGUGCGGCCAUACCGUGUGCCACGAUUGUCUGACGCGCCUCCCUCUACACGGCCGCGCCAUCCGCUGCCCGUUUGACCGGCAGGGCACCGAGCUAGGGGAUUCCGGUGUUUGGGGCUUAAAGAAAAACUUUGCUUUGUUAGAACUUCUUGAGCGUCUGCAGAACGGCGCAACUGGGCAGUGUGGCUCAGUCGAGGAGGCUGUAGGAGGAUCUGGAGAGAGCGUCGUACGCUGUGAUGAAGAUGAGACUCACGUGGCCUCUGUAUACUGCACCGUCUGCGCAACUCAUCUUUGUGCGAACUGCUCCCUGCACACACAUUCCACAAAGACGCUGGCCAAGCACCGACGUGUACCUUUAGCUGACAAACCAUACGAGAAAACCUUGUGUUCCCAGCACCAGGUUCACGCCAUUGAGUUUGUGUGCUUAGAAGAUGGCUGCCAGACCAGUCCUUUGAUGUGCUGCGUCUGUAAGGAAUAUGGAAAGCACCAGGGCCACAAGCAUUCUGUUCUAGAAAGCGAAGCCAGCCAGAUCCGGGCUUCUAUUUUGGACAUGGCUCACUGCAUCCGGAGCUUCACCGAGGAGAUCUCCGAGUAUUCCAGGAAGCUAACUGGCAUCGUUCAGCAGAUCGAAGGAGGAGAACAGAUUGUGGAAGAUGGGAUCGGAAUGGCUCACACAGAACAUGUCCCAGGCACGGCGGAAAACGCCCGGUCGUGUGUACGGGCGUAUUUCUCUGAUCUCCAUGAAACGCUUUGCCGUCAGGAGGAAAUGGCCCUCAGCGUGGUCGAUGCACAUGUGAGAGAGCAGCUGAUCUGGCUCCGGCAGCAGCAGGAGAACAUGACCAUUCUGCUGUCCGAAGUGUCCACGGCCUGUCUCCACUGCGAGAAGGCUUUGCAGCAGGAUGACUGCAGAGUGGUUCUGGCCAAGCAGGAGAUCACGCGACUUCUGGAUACUCUGCAGAAACAGCAACAGCAGUUUACAGAGCUGGCGGAUCACAUUCAGCUCGAUGCCAGCAUCCCCGUCACGUUCACAAAGGAUAACAGAGUCCACAUUGGUCCAAAAAUGGAAAUCCGAGUUGUGACGCUGGGUCUGGAUGGCGCAGGAAAAACAACCAUUUUGUUUAAGUUAAAACAGGAUGAGUUCAUGCAGCCUAUUCCUACCAUUGGUUUUAAUGUUGAGACCGUGGAAUACAAAAACUUAAAGUUUACCAUUUGGGAUGUUGGUGGGAAGCACAAGCUUAGACCCCUGUGGAAACACUAUUACCUUAACACACAAGCGGUGGUGUUUGUAAUAGACAGCAGCCAUCGGGACAGAGUCACAGAAGCUCACAGCGAACUGGCAAAGCUGCUCACCGAGAAGGAACUGCGGGACGCCUUGCUAUUAAUAUUUGCCAAUAAACAGGACGUUGCUGGCGCACUUUCAGUGGAAGAAAUGACGCAGCUCCUGAGCCUUCACAAACUGUGCUGUGGCCGCAGCUGGUAUAUCCAGGGCUGCGAUGCCCGGAGUGGCAUGGGGCUAUAUGAUGGACUGGACUGGCUAUCCAGGCAGCUGGUGGCCGCAGGAGUUCUAGAUGUAGCCUAAAUAAGGCUGUACUGAGUGCAUCAUUCAGCUGUCUGUGUGUCUGUUACCUGCUUUUACAGACGUUUAGGCUGUUUUAGCAUAGUCCAAACUAAUACUAAUAACAUCGGUUUCCAGUAGUCGAUAAACCAGUUUGCUGCCAUGCUUUAGCAGUAUUGUGAUGCCUGAUUGUGAAGGUUUCUAAGAAAGCACCUUGGGUAGAUAUAAGAGUCUUGAUUAUGUUUAAUAUCGAACAGUUUUAUGUUUACAUUACAGUCAAAGUAUUCCUUUAGUAUAGAUUGCCACUCACCUAAUCCCAACCAUGAUCAGUCUUAAUUAGCCGAAUCAGAUCUGACUUCCCAAAUGUAUCUUAGUACAUUUGCUGCCACUUAACAAGUCUGAAUUCCAGGUUUUUGAGCAUUAACGUGAGCAUGUAUUGAAUUCUAAAACGGAAUAUGUUUGCUGCAUGCUUUACCCAUCUGGGAUCUCUUGUAAGUGAGGCUGGUAACAGUUUAAUAGAAA